UGCUUGGUUUAUAUUGCUUGCUACCAAAACUCACAAUUCUUAAAUCUUACAUUAUGUCUCACAAAACUUUCACCUUCUUGCUACUUAAUAUUAUCAUAAGCGUAAUUGCAACAUUACCAAUUUCGUUGGGUGCACCAUCUCCCGAAGGCUUAGAAGUCUACAUAGUUGUUACUGAGAAACCUAAUGGAGAUCCUACCACAACUUAUGUUAGAAUGUUAACUUCACUUUUUGACAGUGAGGAGGCAGCGAAGAAGGCACUGAUCUAUGUUUAUCAAUUCUCUGUGCAAGGAUUUGCAGCUAAACUCACCCCUCAACAAGCAAAAAGUCUCUCCGAAUAUCCCGGUGUUAUAUCCGUUGAAAAAGACCAAAUGAUGUCAUUGCCGCCCCUACGAGACGAGGGGAAUUUCCACUAAUAAGCAUUGUUGGGAAUGGGGAAUUUCCAGAGAGUAUAAUAGUGAUAAUAUUAAGAUUUUAAUUAUUUACACAAUAAAAAUGUAUAACAUAUUAUCUCUCUAUAUA